UUUUGAAACUGAUCUACUCAUCUCUCCAUCCUUAAUGGCGUCUCUUUUCUCCCUCCUUUCAUGGCGACUCCUCUUUAAAUUCCUCUCAAGGUGUCUCAUCUCUCCCUUCUCUCUCUCCUAUCUCCUCUCCCUUCUCUUAUGGCCUCGUGGCGUUUCCUCUCUCGUGGCUCCUCUCUCCAUCCCUUCCUUCGCAUGCAAAAUAUUACUUUUUAUAAGCUCAUGUUUGGCGGAAUUAACAAAGGGUAAAAAUAUAAUCCUUUAA